CUCUUCCUCUUCCUCCUCCUCCUCCUCUUCCUCCUCUUUCUCCUCCUCGUCCUCCUCCCCUUCCUCUUGUGGUGUUUGAAAUCUCUUCAGAUGAAGAAGAAAUCUCACUCUAGUGACGCCAGAGCUUUGGAAUCAGUCUGAGCUGUCGUUUCAUUUCAUGACCUCGGCCAACGAGGUUCGGUUUUCAUCUGCGCCUGUUCGUUAGCAGCAUUAGGGAAAAACUACUGGACCGAUUUCCAUGAAAUGUUGUCGGGCAGUCGGAGCGUCACCCACAGACCGAUAUGGAUAAACAGAUACCUGGAACCAGGUUUCUAAACUAAAUCAAAGUUGAAAACAAACAGCUGAUCCUGUCGAGUCCUGACAAACAAGUUAUUCCAUCGUUGAGGCUCGAGGACUUUGUUGGAUCAGAUCCACGACUUCACUUAGUUUCAUCGCUGAGCAUUUGCGUGUCGGAUCCUUGAGCAAAUGUCUGCAGGCUGCGAUCGAUUCAUCCUUCAUUCACAUGUGUGUGUGUGUGUGUGUGUGUGUGUGUGUGUGUGUGUGUGUGUGUCAGACGGAUCUCAGGUAUUAAACUCGGAGCCUUCAACCGGUUUGGACCUGAGAGCAUCAGUUCCUCCUCAGUCUGAGCUGCGGAGGUGAAGAAGAAAACUAACUUCAUAUUGAAGUUAUUAUCACAUAUUCUACUUUUCUCUGUUUCUUCACAGCCUCUUUGAAACGUGACGACUGUGACGGCAGCAGAAAAUCAUGAUCGGAUCGAUGAGAUCUCCGGACUUUGAUCACGACGGAGCCUUGACAGUGUGUGUGUGUGUGUGUGUGUGUGUGUGUGUGUGUUUAACGUGUUGAAAGGUGUGUGAACCGCUCUGCGUCAAACGGCGUCUUUGAUCGCCGCAGGCUGUCUGAGCUUUUCAUAGUUUUGUCGACAUUUUCCACGUUUAAGGGGAAUCGGAGAGAUUCUGCAGAGUUCUCCGCUAACUGAUCAACGCAGGUGAUGAUUGGUUGUUACACUCGGCCGCAGGCGGCUUUGAUCUGUGGCGCUGAGGUCGUGUGAUGAAAGAGAUUCACGCUGACGCGGAGCUCCGCCAGGAUCAAACGACGAGAUGAGACGAGCGGAGGUUCGGUCGUCUUCGUCUCCAGACGUUACCUUCAUGACUCGACUCAGAGGCUGCAGGUGUUUUCUUUACAGGACUGUGACACAUGAAGGUCACGCCAGGUGAAGGUCACGGCAGGUGAAUGUCACGCAGGUGAAGGUCACGGCAGGUGAACGUCACGGCAGGUGAAGGUCACGGCAGGUGAAGGUGACGCCAGGUGAAUGUCACGCAGGUGAAGGUCACGCCAGGUGAACGUCACGCCAGGUGAACGUCACGGCAGGUGAAGGUCACGGCAGGUGAAGGUCACGGCAGGUGAACGUCACGGCAGGUGAACGUCACUCAGGUGAAGGUCACGCCAGGUGAAGGUCACGCCAGGUGAAGGUCACGCCAGGUGAAGGUCACGCCAGGUGACGGUCACGCCAGGUGAAGGUCACGCCAGGUGAAGGUCACGCCAGGUGACGGUCACGCCAGGUGAAGGUCACGCCAGGUGAAGGUCACGCCAGGUGACGGUCACGCCAGUCAACUCCUCAGUGUGGAGCCCUGAUGGAGCAGAGCAACUCUCCAGAGGCGGUGUGACUUUGUGACUUUAUGGAAUAUGGCGGUGAAGACUGUCCUGCGGAGGUCGUUCAGCGAACACGUGAAGGACUCGACCCACAAGGCUCUGGACGUGUUCUGGAGGAGCGUGAGGGAGCGACGGCUGUGGGAGAUUGAAGCGAAGGAGGCCUGCGAUUGGCUGCGAGCGGCCGGCUUCCCUCAGUACGUGCAAUUAUUCAAAGACUGCAGGUUCCCCGUCGACGUGGAGCAGGCGACGCUCGAUCACCACUUCCUGGACAAGGACGCGCUCGACUCGCUCGGCAGGAGAUUAAACACUUUGAACAAAUGUGUGCAGAUGAGGCUGGAGCCGCGGAGAGCGAAACGCAGGGGAGACGACGGCGACGAGGGCGACUUGUGCGCCAUCAGCCCCAACUGGAGCUACGACAGGCGGACGCAGCGAUGGCGACGCCGCGACUCCGCCGUGCCGACCGGAGCCCAAGACGUGUCCCUGUGUGACGUCUGCUCCAUCCGCAGCUGCAGCAGCGCCGACAGCGACGGACCUGCUGCCGUGGCGACCGCCGGCACCACGGACGAGCAGGAGACCAGCAGGAGCUCGUCCCGCUGCUCCUCCACGAACAAGACCCCCUCCCCGGACACCUCCUUCAGCGGACCCCCCUCCCCCGGAGACAGUGGAGGACGGUCGUCCUCCGUGAGUCUGGAGACGGACGGCUGCUUCCCAGACAGACCGCCCAGGAGGAAGUGCACCGGGCUGCUGAGGAAGAUGGAGAAACUGAGGCUGUUGCCCUCUGGUCACAGCGGCAGUCGGGCCCGACGUGUCAUCAGCGGGCCGGUUCUGAUCCAGGACGACCAGCCAGCGAGCCUGCAGGGUCGACCCGACAGCCGGGCGUCGUCCUCGCCCUCGUCUCCUCACAGCAGCAGCAGCAGCAGCAGCAGCAGCCAAUCAGAGAGCAGCAGCACCGUCAGCACCCCGAGCCCCGUCACCCGGGUCAGGAGUAACUGCAAACGCUCCAACAGCGGCGUCGGAGUCGGUGGUGAAACGACCCGUGACAACCAGAACCACACGGGGUCAGAGAACUUCAGGAACCAGCUGAACAGCAGCAGUCAGGAGAAUCUGGUCUUCCACAUCCCCCACGGACACAAACCCGGGACCUUCCCCACCUCCCUCGCUCACAAACACACCUCGCCGCGCCCCGUCAUCGACAACACCACCUCCGUCAACUGGAGGACCGGCAGCUUCCACGGUUACCGCGCGGCAAACAGUCGGCGCCGGGACCCGUCGUCAGCCGCCGCCGUCCUCAGCCCGCUCGCCGUGCCGGACCACCGGAUGAGCAUCUACGACAACGUGCCCGACGACCGGACGGGGGAGGGGCCAGAGGUGAGUCGUCUGCUGGCGGGCGAAGACGUCUUCUCGGCUCUGGACAGCGUCCUGGAGCGGAUCAGCGACCUCCAGCAACUCGUCUCCACCUGGUCGGAGAGUCUGUCCGGGGACGACGGUCCGAGAGGCUCCUCCUCCUCCUCCUCCUCCUCCUCCUCCUCCUCCUCUUCGUCGUCUUCCUCUUCUUGCACCCAGAACUCACCUGCCUCCCCGAGCCACAUCCACCUGGAGGUGCAGCAUCCGGAGGAGGAAGAGGAGGAAGAGGAGGAGGAGGAGGAGGAAGAGGAGGAGGAGGAGGAGGAGGAGGAGGCUCAGGUGAACGGUGAGGAGCCAAAGUCAAGAUCACCACGACCGAGGAGCAGAGCGAGUCGGCAGCUGCACUGGUCCAGCGAGCAGAGUCUUCCCUCGCUGACCUGCGGCCCGGCGCUGGACCACCAGUCCGUCUCCCAGUUCCUCCAGAUGCAGAAACUGUCGCUGCUCAAACUCACCGCUCUGAUGGACAAACACUCGCCGUGCAGCAAGCAGGGCUGGAACUGGACUGUUCCCAAACCCCCGAGGAAGAAGGCGAUGGAGGUGAAAGGCCGGCGAGUGUUCGGCGUUCCCCUGCUCCUCAGCGUCCAGCAGACCGGAGAGCCGCUUCCCCCCAGCAUCCUCCGAGCCCUGGUCCACCUGAGGACCAGCUGCCUGGACCAGGUGGGUCUCUUCCGGAAGUCGGGGGUGAAGUCUCGUAUCCAGUUCCUCCGCGAGAUGGUGGAGUCCGACCCCGAUGGCGUUUCCUUCGACGGUCAGUCGGCCUUCGACGUCGCCGACAUGGUGAAGCAGUUCUUCAGAGACCUGCCCGAGCCCGUCUUCACCAGCACACUGUGCGAGUCCUUCCUCCACAUCUACCAAUAUUUCCCCAAGGACCAGCAGCUGGUCGCCGCCCAGGCGGCCAUCUUGCUGCUCCCUGACGAGAACAGGGCGGCGCUGCGGACGCUGCUCUUCUUCCUGCGCGACGUGGUCGCCUGCGUGGACGAGAACCAGAUGACUCCGACCAACAUCGCCGUCUGCCUGGCGCCGUCGCUCUUCCACCUCAACACGCUGAAGAGAGACGACGCCGCCGCAGCGAGGUCGGGUCACAGGAAGUACAGCCUGGGUCGCCCCGAUCAGCGAGACCUGAGCGAGAACCUGGCGGCCACCCAGGGCCUGGCCGACAUGAUCACCGAGGCCCAGAGACUCUUCCAGCUUCCAGAGUUUUGGCCCCGUCGGUGUCCGAGUGCUGCAGAGGACGUCCCGUCUGAGGGAGGAGGGCAGAGAAGGAACCAGCUGCAGCGGAUCACCCAGCUCCUCCUGAGGGAGGCCAGGGAGAAGAGCCGAGGCUGGGAGAGCCGCCCGGCUCCGGAGCUCGUGGAGCUGUCCUCCAAGAAGGUGGACGACGGCUGCCCGCUGUGGAUGUGGCGCGGCUCCGUGGAGGUGGACGCCCCCCAGGAGGAGCUGCUCCACCGGCUGCUGAGGGAGCAGCAGCUGUGGGAGGGACGUCUGCGUCAGGCCGCCGUGGUCCAGACCGUGUCCCGGGACACUGAAGUCUACCGCUACCUCCUCCAGGCCCCGGGUCACGGCCUGGUCUGCCGGCCCCCACAGGAGCACCUGCUGCUCAGGACGUGGCAGGCCGACCCGACCUCCGGGCCUCUGUACCUGACCUCCGUCUCCACCGACGACCCCGAGGUGCCGGUGGACGGGGUCAGAGUUCACGUGCACGCCUGCCUCUACGUGCUGGAGCCGACAGGAAGCAGGAAGACGCGGCUGACGCACGUCUGUCGCACGGACACCAGGGGUCGGUCCCCCGAGUGGCACAACCGAGCGUUCGGACGCCUGCUGGCCUCCGGACUCGUGGCCGUCAGGGACUCGUUCAGACGACACGACCGCGAGACCAAGAUCUGAGUCGCUGGAGGAACGAGGACCGUUCACACGAUUUUGCACUAAUCAGGUAAAACUCGCCCUCGACUGUAAACCAGCCGAGGCCCUGCUGCUUCUCUGCUGCCGCUGCUCCACGUCACACCAGCUUGGACGAAGAGCUGAGGCCCGAUGUGACGCUGACCGUUGAGAUGAAGCGAGCGGACGUUGUGGUAAAACUCCCGUCCCGUCUGGACGAACGCAGGAAACAGAUGAUUUGAGACGCCAGACUUCAGAGAGGACGGACACUGUCGUGUCACAGACAGACACAUGGACGGUGAAGCCACUCGACGACGACAGGAUGUCUGAGGUUUCAGAGACGAGCGAUAUCUACCUGCACUGGACGACGACGCGGCGGCGGGACGAGACUUUCAUUACAGUUGUAUUUAUUCUCCUGAGUGUUAAAUCUUUAAAUAUGUUUCAAAGUCAAGAAAAAUGUUCAUGAGUCAAAUUCUUCAUUUUAUUUAACUUAAUGUAUAUUAUAAUUAUAUAAAUACAGAUUCAUUAUCAUCCACACGUGUUGAUUUAAUUUAGAGCUUAUAAGAAAAUCGUGAUCUUUUUUUGUGUGAAAAAUCUAAAUUUAUCAGAAUUAAAAUGUUUAUUUCUCUCUCCA